AUGGGCGCCGUUGUAUCAUGCAUCAAAUCUGUGUUCCGCACCAUCGGCAACUGCAUCAUGGCCAUUGUCAACGCCAUUGCCGCCGGUCUCAAGGCCAUCAUCAACGCCAUCGUCUCUCUGUUCGGCAUCAUCAUCAGCUGCCUGACAUGCGGCCGCGGCGGCGGUGGGCGCAAGACCAGGACGACGCAUACGAGCAGAGUCUGA